UCCUCUGCAACUAAUAUCUAUUUUCCUACUUCUCUCACCUCUAUUUUCAGCCGCUCUACAGGCCAAACCGGGUUGCAAGGAUCGGUGUGGAGAUUUACUGAUUCCAUAUCCAUUCGGAGUCGGCUUAAAAUGCAGCCUUAACCCACAUUUUAACAUCAAAUGCGAUACAUCCACUUACCCUCCAAGAGCUUUCCUCUCUGUUAUGAAAAAAGAAGUGAUUGAAUUUAAUCAAACUUACAUUCGCCUCAAAAACCCCUACAUGAUUUCCGCUUGUUAUGAUUCGUCCACAGGCAAUCAACAUAGGAUGAAUGUGAACUUGUCGGGAACUCCCUAUAUGUUUUCGUAUGUAAACGCCCUCACUGCCAUCGGUUGUGAUGAUAUGGUGCUGCUAUCCAACGGAAGUUCAAUCCUCGGUGGCUGCUCUGCGUUUUGUGCAGACAAGAAUGUUACAAGCAGCGUCGAAAAUUGCCGUUUCAAUGUCUGUUGCCAGCAAGAUAUCAUGAUAGACUCAAGAACAGACCCAAGUUUGGUGAAAGCAGAACUAAUUGACUUGAGCGGAAAAGCACUACGCAAAAAGCUCUUUCCAUGCAGCUAUGCUUUUAUUCAGGAGAAAACUUUUUUAAAUGAAAGCGAAUUUUCAUAUCCUUUGUACUACCUGGACAACUCAACGGCAUUGGUAAAUGAUAAUUGGGCAUCAGCAACAAGACCGCCAAUCGUGCGCUUGGACUGGUUUUUUGGGAGCGAGAACUGCAGUCGAGCUAAGAAUUCCACAACUUACGCAUGUCGAGACGACAAGAGUGUUUGUGUUGAUAGCUAUUAUGGUAAUGGUAUUACAGGAUACACCUGUAGCUGCGUUCAAGGAUACGAGGGAAAUCCUUACUUACCGGGAGGAUGCCAAAGUUUGUUUGUUUUCUCUCUAGUUCCAUUUAUACUUUAAUUUAUUUACUCACUAACAAUAUGUUGUUUAACAGAGUUUAAUACAAUACAUGCUAGUUCAAUUGCCAAAGUUGAAUGCUUAGAUCAAUGUGGGGAAGUAUUGAUUCCAUUUCCAUUUGGCGUGGGCCCAAAUUGCUACUUGGAGCCAUCAUUUGAAAUUGUUUGUAACACGACCACCAACCCGGCUAAACCCUUUCUUCGCCUCUUAAAUACUGAAAUCGUUGAGCUGAACUCAUCAAAAAUUGUGGUCAACUAUAUGAACAUAGCCUUCAACUUGCUACAAUAUGUCAGACUCUCGAGUUGGAAUUACUAAGCCAGAGGAGCGAAGAUUGACUAUUGACUUGUUGAAAACGCCGUAUAGAUUAUCAGAUGAUAACUGGAUCAAUGCAAUUGGCUGUGAUUUUAUGGCUGUUGGGAUUAUUGGAGAGGACAAACGUAGUUCUAUUCGCAGCAGUUGCGCCGCCAUUUGUUAUAUGCAGGGUAACUCAAUGUGCCAUUAUGGACCAGUAUCAUUUGGAGGUGAUGGUUGUUGUAGAGUACCCAUUCCAAGAGGUACGACUUACCUUGAAGCAAAUUUGACCGAGCUUAGUGAACGACGCACAAAUAUUGAUGUUUCUUGCAGCUACUCCUUCAUUAAAUACAUUAAAGAAGUUGAUAGUUAUAGUACUGGAUUUCCGUUUAUGAAGAACGCAUCGGACUUCCGACUUGAUAAGGUAUCGGAAAAACCGAGCAUGGGUUUAGAUUGGAGGAUUGGAGUGGAUAAUUGCAAAGAUGCAGUGAAGGAUCAUGCUAAGUUCGUGUGUCAAGAUAACAGUGAUUGUGUUGAUUUUGAUGCUACGCUAGGAGGAUACCUCUGCAACUGCUCCAAAGGAUACAAAGGAAAUCCUUACCUUAAUCUAGGGUGCCAAGGUGUAGGAUCUGGAUUGGGGUUUGUGCUUAUAUUCUUAGUGGUCUAUUGGUUGUAUAAACUAUUGCAAAAGAGAAAGAAUGAAAUGGUUAAAGAGAAAUUCUUCAAACGAAACGGUGGUCUUUUCUUGCAACAACAGGCAAAUGAAUGCACACUUGGAAAAACAAAAGUUUUUUCUGCAAAAGAAUUAGAGGUAGCCACAGAUGACUUUAACGAAAGCAGAAUUGUUGGACAAGGGGGCCAAGGCGUUGUCUACAAAGGUAUGUUAUAUGAUGGUAAGCUUGUGGCAAUAAAAAAAUCAAGGUUGGUCGAGGAGAAUCAAUUAGAACAGUUUAUAAAUGAGGUGGUGAUAUUAUCACAACUCAAUCAUAAGAAUGUGGUCAAAUUAUUAGGGUGUUGUUUAGAGACCGAGGUUCCUAUGUUGGUUUAUGAAUUCAUGCCAAAUGGGACAUUGUUUGGUAUAAUUCAUGAUCAGAGUAGUGAAUUUCUAUGUACAUGGAACAUGCGCUUGAAAAUUGCAGCGGAUAUUGCAGGGGCACUAGUGUACUUACACUAUGCAUCUUCUGUGCCUAUUUAUCACAGAGACAUCAAGUCUAGUAAUAUCCUCCUAGACGAAAAAUAUGUUGUCAAAAUAUCAGAUUUUGGAACUUCAAGAUCAGUUGCUCAAGAUCAAACUCACUUUACUACUCUAGUUAAAGGAACUUUUGGAUAUUUUGAUCCAGAGUAUUUUCAGUCGAGUCAAUUCACAGAAAAGAGUGAUGUUUAUAGUUUUGGGGUAGUUCUUGUUGAGCUUCUUUCUGGGCAAAGGCCGAUAUCAUUCGACAAACCAGAAGAGGAGAGAGGUCUAGCAACAUGGUUUCUUACAUGCAUGGAAGGAAAAUGUGUGGAAAAAAUUUUAGAUCCUCAAAUUUUGGGGCAAGGAAAAAAGAAAGAGGUGAUUCUAGUUGCGAAGCUAGCGCAAAGAUGUUUGAACCUAAAAGGGAGAAUGCGACCAACUAUGAAAGAAGUGGCUACAGAAUUGGAAACUUUUAGGAUUUCUGGAAUGUCUAGUGGUGUUUAAGUUGAAUCAGAAGAAGUAUGAUACUUUGAAGAUAUGCCUACGAUGAAUUCGGACAUUGAGGGCCCAUGGAAAAAUAUUUAUUAGAAUGCAUCGACAUCAAACACACAUUCCUUAUGCUAGUUACUAUUUCAAAGUUCGUCGUAAUAAAAAUCCAUGUAUGAGAGGAUGAUCAACACUUGGUUCAAUGCGAUAUAUAAGAUCCAAAUUGGUUUUACUA